GCUGACACAAAGAGCGCCUGCGAGAGGCCUCGGCCAGGGAGGCCGGCGGCCGCCGCUGCCUCGCCGGGCCCGGGGGCCCAGCCAUCCCAGAUCUCCGCUCGCCGUCCGCGUCCUUCCGCCGUCGCCUCCGCCCGCGCCCCCUGCGCACCGCUGAACCCGCCCGCUCGCCCGGGCGCCGGCCUCUUCCCAUGCGGGCGGCGCGGGCCCUGGGAGGGGCGCCCGGAGCCAGCCGCGCAGCAUGCACUGGGGGGUUGGCUUUGCCUCGUCCAGGCCGUGCGUGGUGGACCUGAGCUGGAACCAGAGCAUCUCCUUCUUCGGCUGGUGGGCCGGGUCCGAGGAGCCCUUCUCCUUUUAUGGGGACAUCAUCGCUUUCCCUUUGCAGGAUUACGGUGGGAUCAUGGCAGGGCUGGGCUCGGAUCCCUGGUGGAAGAAAACCCUUUAUUUGACCGGGGGAGCUUUGCUGGCCGCGGCUGCGUAUCUGCUCCACGAACUCCUGGUCAUUAGGAAACAGCAAGAGCUCGACUCCAAAGAUGCUAUUAUUUUGCAUCAGUUUGCAAGACCUAACAAUGGUGUCCCCAGCUUGUCUCCUUUCUGUUUGAAAAUGGAAACUUACUUAAGAAUGGCUGACCUACCCUAUCAGAACUAUUUUGGUGGAAAACUCUCUGCUCAAGGGAAGAUGCCUUGGAUUGAAUAUAAUAAUGAAAAAGUGUCUGGCACAGAAUUCAUAAUCGACUUUCUGGAAGAGAAACUUGGAGUGAACUUAAAUAAAAGCCUCGGCCCCCAUGAAAGAGCCGUCUCAAGAGCCGUGACCAAGAUGGUGGAAGAGCACUUCUACUGGACGUUAGCUUAUUGCCAGUGGGUGGACAAUCUCAAUGAGACCCGGAAGAUGCUGUCACUUAGUGGCGGCGGUCCCUUCAGUAACCUGCUCAGGUGGGUCGUGUGCCACAUAACAAAAGGAAUUGUGAAGCGGGAGAUGCACGGCCACGGCAUUGGCCGCUUCUCGGAGGAAGAGAUUUACAUGCUGAUGGAGAAGGACAUGCGGUCUUUAGCAGGGCUUUUGGGUGACAAGAAGUACAUCAUGGGACCCAAGCUUUCCACUCUUGAUGCCACUGUCUUUGGACACUUGGCACAGGCGAUGUGGACCUUACCAGGGACAAGACCGGAGCGGCUAAUCAAAGGCGAGCUGAUCAACCUGGCCAUGUACUGCGAGAGGAUCAGGAGGAAAUUCUGGCCCGAGUGGCACCACGAUGAUGACAACACCAUUUAUGAGUCUGAGGAGAGCAGCGAGGGCAGCAAGACUCACACACCCAUGCUGGAUUUUAGCUUUUACUCCAGGACAGAGACCUUUGAGGACGAGGGGGCUGAGAACAGUUUCUCCAGGACCCCAGACACGGAUUUCACCGGACACUCUCUCUUUGACUCCGAUGUGGAGAUGGAUGACUACACAGACCACGAACAGUGCAAGUGAUGCCCCAUCACGGAGCCUCGUCCUCAGGAGCCACCGCUCCCUGGGGUUGGUCUGAUUUCCCAGAUAGAAAUCCAUUUGAGCUGGGAGGAGAUCUUCAGGCCUGGACCAGUUUUCACAUGCUAACUGGACUAUAAGCCGCCUUAUUUCUUUUCCUUGUUUUUCGUUUUUGUACAAACAAAACCAGAACCAUUCAGAUGGCUCCGUCUAAAACAGACAAAACAAAUAUCAGCAUGGUACCUGAAAUCCAUUUUUGUUUUCAUUAGAAAACCAAUAUUGUGUGGGAGGGCAGGUACACGAGUGGGUUGUCAACUGGGUGUUCUAUUGAUCCUUUUCAACGGGGGACUUGGUUGUCAGAUGGAUUCUUGACCAUCUUUCAUCAACUGGGGUUUUAAGUAAUGAGAAAUACCAUCAGAAAAGACAUAGGAGCUCAUGUCCCUUGGCUGCUGUUGUACGUGUGUGUGUGUACUUGUAUGUCGAGACAGAAGUCAAGUGAAGUCCACCAAUUUUCAUUGGAUGGCUGUUACUUGUGCGGCGCUGAGUGGGGGUGCUACACAACACGAGUUUCAUUAUCAACCCUGCCGGUGACUAGCUGUGUGGUUCAGGGCAGGUCCUUUAACUAUUGUGUGCCUCAUUUCUCCCACCUGUACAGUGGGGGUUACAAUACUCUCCACCUACCUACCUCACAGGGGUGUUGUGGGGACUCACGUGGCAGCAUUAGUGUGAUGCUUUAAACCUCUGGGAAGUGGUGCAACACGAACCUAUUUUCUUCUUCAUCGUGCUUCAUAAAUGUUAGGGUCGGAGGGCAAAGGACUUUCAUACUUGGGCAACAAGUGCAGUCACUUGCCAAGGCUGUGCAGAUGAAACACACACAAAACCAAUUAGGACUGUGCCAUUUCUCCUUGUGACUUUGCUGGCGGAACUUUGGAAGGAGCUUGGCAAAUCAGCAGCAGCUACGCAUGGUCCUCAGCCCUGUGCUUUAAGAACAGCAUCUCUUCCUUUGCCGGGUGCAUUGGAAUGGGGCUUUGCUGCCCCGCAAGUGCUAACUUACCUGUGUCUAUUGAUUUGGAGAGGCUAAAGCUUAGGACCUUGGCAGCUUAGCAGAGAUAAAGGAGAGCAGUUGACUCUGUAGGCAGAAGCUUGUCAACUGUUGUAGAUUUUUUUGAAGGUUGAGAUGCGUUGGGAAGAGAAGCAUGAAAGUGUUCCUUGUGUCUGAGUCCUCUGCAGUUUCCUUGUCAGGUGUCCCCCUGUGGUUGGGUGACAGCAUGGUAUCACUGACACCAAGCCCUAGUGUUUCAUGAUCGCACAUCCCUUCCCAUCACCCCUCUCCCUGUUCUCUCUCACCACGAGCCUCUGAACUGGUGGGAUUUUCCUGUAUUUGUAUUUGUCUCUGAAGACAGCAUUGGAUAGCUUAGUUCAUUUCACAGGCAGUUGUGGGCCAAGGGUUCUGUGUGAUGGCUGUGGAUUUGGGCUGUAAGACUUAACUGCACACCAACGGCUUUGCUUCUGACCGUCGGGGUAAGGAUCACUUCACAUAGGGUUGCAGAGGCCCUUUGAGGAUAGAAGUUUCUGAGAAGUUAAUGUACUUUGCUAAAAAAGUAAACUCUCUUUAAUGUAGCUGUUCCACGGAAAUCUUUAGGGUGUUAUCCAUUUUCAAAGAGGAAGUGUUUUGAAGAUGUUUGCCACCUAGGUAGCCAUAGGGCAUAUGGAAAUGGGAAUAAUGUUGAACUCCUAAGUUAGAAAUUCUUACCUGUACAAACCUUAGCUAUGAAUAUUUUGUAUUAAAACCAUUCCUACUAGGAGGGCCUGUUUGAUGAGGAGUGUGAGAGAGGGGAGAAAGUGUGCAUGAGUAGGUGUGCUUGGGUGUCAGUGUCAUUUGGGUGUCUCCUGGUGUUCUGAGCAACUGGUAGCAGGUCUGUGUGACUAGGGAAUCUCUUGAACAGAACAUGGAGAGGAGGGCUGUGGACCUGACUCUGCACCCAUUUUCUUGCUUGCUUCCCUUUCUCAUUGGGAAGAAAUGCCUGACACUUUGUAGAUAAGCAAGCUAGUCUUACCGAGUGAUGCUGUUCCCUGUAAGGAUGUUUUCAGUAUGAGUGUGUGGAUGAAUAGCUGCUCAUUUAUGCAUUACUUGGAGGGAACCUCCUUAGAUAGACAAUGUUUGUUGUGAAGUUGUAGCGCAACUUAUUUGACCACGGUACCCUUAGAGAGGGGUGAUGAACAGGCAUUGCCAACUGGGGUCAUGGGUACUUGGACAGCUUAGAGCUGGGUACAGAUUUAAGUAGAACCUGAGAACAUACCCCUGUAUCCAUCUUCCAUAUGGGUUAUUGAAACAAAAUGACCAAGAAAAAUUACAGCGAUGUGGGUCUUUGUGGGAGGCCUUCACUUAUUCAUGCACUGCCCAGAUUUGAAGUCCUGUCCAGUUUGGUGAACAGGUGCGCCUUAUAAGGAAAACAAUGAGAGAAAUCUGGGAACAAUUUAUUCAUUUGCUCAAGUCACGCCCCCCCCCACCCCCCACCAAAGUAACUGAAGGAAGCACAGUCUUUUAUAUAAACAGAUGCUUCAGAUGCUUUUAAUUGGACAGAAACCCCAGGGGCCACAUGUUACUUUUACCCUUUUAUUAUAGAAACAAACCUUCUCAUAUGUCCCCUUCCCACUCCACAGUCAGUGUCAAUGAGCAGUGGUCAUAUGCUUUGGAUCCAAGAACAGUUAAAAGGGAAAAAUACAUUUACACAGAAAUAGACUGUGUUGCCAGGUCUUAGCACUUUGCUGUCCUAUAAUCACUUGUGACCACUGCCACAGCCAAGUCUAUGGCAAUGAAAUCAUCGGUUAGACUCAGAACAGUUGGGACUUGAGUCUCUAUUGCAGUGCAGGCCAAGUACAUCUUCCUGUGUACACAGAGGUGUCACAUAUACUUUUGCAAAUUGAGUAGCCCCUUAUAAGAGAGCCCCCUAAGGUCAUCUCUGUCUCUGUCAUAGACCAUGUAUCCAAACAGUAAGACCCACCACUGAAGUCUUUCCUCCUAGCCCUGGAAAGCUCUUGCUAUCACACCACCUUGGCUCGGUUCCCUUAUCAAUCCGUGGCUCAGUACCGGCACAGCCCAGCCUCACUCUGACUGCUGGAUUCCUAUAUCCCUCACCUCCCACAUCUCACUAGACUGGUUCAGACCAACUCAAGAGACCUUUCCUCAGUUUCUAUCCUAUGUAUCACGCUGCUAGGUGCUGAAUAAUAACAAGAUGGAUUUACAAAUUACCAAUACCCCCCACUCUGUCUUUUAUUAUCUUUAAGAUAACUUCUGUUCACUCACUCAUCCACUCACUCAGUAUGUGCUGAGUAUCUACCCUCUGUCUGACCCUGGGAUGCACACUAGGAAUAGAGUUAGCAGGCAGAGCAGAUGUGACAUCAUGACUUCAGAGCAUCCUCUUUUGUUUAGAUUUUUGUGGUAACCUUUCCAUGCCCAGAGUUUUUCCACAUGCACCUCACACAUCCCCCUGGAAUUAAUCUUUGGAAAACUUUUGGUCUCUAGGGGCUAUUUAUUGGCUCAGGUGUAGGCUUUCUUCUUAGGGUUUGAUAUUCUCACUUUCCUCACUUGUCUUCCAGGACUCUCCACACAACCUCUCAUGCAGCAGAUCCAUUUACUACUACCUAUACAAGCCUCCCAUGUUCCACCUCUGUGCUUUGGGUCCUGACAGUCCCUCUGCUGAAAUGCCCUACCCUCUGGCCUCAAUCACCCAUCUCUUAAGGCCCAACUCCAUCAGUUCCGCUUGAAGAAUUUCCAACUUAUUAUCAUCCCCCUUUCCUCUAAAAACAAAAACACUUAUCCUUUCUUCCCCCGGAGGCUAGAUGGGAAAAGCAUGCUCAGAAUGCGGACCACAUUCUAGGAAGUAAUGGGUUUUCAUUGUGUAUUUCACUGAUAAUCUAAGGAGGGACCUAGACUCUAUUCCCAAAAAGUGUGCAUAUGCAAAUAUCUGAGAUUUUACAUAUAAAUUUAAGGAUUUGGAAAGUGGAAUUACUCUUUGAUUCCUUAGGGGGCUCCACAGACCCCAGAUGAAGUCUUGUUCUAAAGAGUCAUUAAAUGUCACUGUUGGUGUGGUUCUGGUCGUUUACACAUCCAGGGAGGACAGAAUUGGAACGAGAGGUGUGAGGAGUGAGUGAUGUCUCUUGUUAUCUACACUGAGUAAGUGCUGAGCGACAGAGAGGGGGAGAAAGAACAGCUGCCUCACAUUGUUUAAGAAAGUAUCUUUGUUCAUACAGAUUUGGGAUUUUUAUUUUUAUGUUGUGAUGUUGUGUGUACAUAUCUUUGUGGAUGCAUGCACCUUUGAGGGUAUACAAGCCAGUAUGGGGAAUUGGAUCCUGCCCAGCUGGCAAGACAGAUGUUUGUGGGACCUGGUUGCUAGGAUUUGAAUUCUGGCCCUCACUAUUGAGCAGCAAACGUUCUGAACCACUCAGCUGUCCCUCUAGCUCUGGAUUUACAAUUUUGAAAGCUAUAUAGUUCCUUAUUGCUGUUAUUGUUAUUUAUUUUGGCCACUUCCAAAGUUGAUGUAGCAAAAUGAGUUCAGGACCAAGGGCACGUGGUUUCUGCCCUGAAACUUACCACCUCUGAGUGGGUAAGCAGCUGUUUUGGGACUGAAGGUGGGAAAGAAGUGGUUGGGUCUUUUUCUUUUGUUGAUAUUUGUUUGUUUGUUUUCCUUAUGGAAUAACGUCUACGCAACAAGUUUUCCUGUGUUCAUUUUUUUUCAUGGAUCAAUUGCUGGUUGUAUUUUCAAUAAAAUGGUAAUGCAUUAUGCUGGUAGGGAUCAGCUCAGUUUAUUCUUCCAUUAAAAAAAAACCAACCCCCCUCCCCCAAAAUCAGAACUAAGUUAUCUUUAGUGCUCACGACUAACCUAGAAUCCUUCCUGAGUGUGCCAUAUUGUUUGAGUAGACCCAGGACUAUAUUUCCCACUUUGAAAGCUGAGCUCUGCCAGUCUAUCUUUAGCCCAAAGAUCAACUGCUUGCGACUCUGAUGUCCUUUGCAUUUAUAUAGUGCUUCCAGUGACCCGAGAGAACCUGCAGGUACACAAGGACCCUCAGAGGGUGAAUAGGACUGAAGUUCUCUUGCCUAUAGAAUGCUUACUUAUGUCAUGGGUAGGACAAAUACAUGUAGGACACUUUCCUCAUUUUAAUUCCUUACCUGGGACUUAGGUUUUUCACUCUGUGACUUUGGAGACUAUCUCAAGUCCUGAAGAAGUGGUUGCUGGAGCCAGUGUAUACCUUGCCCAUCAGAGUACAGUUAUGGGAGGUAGUGAACGUGGCUUGAGGGAAAAGGACUCAACUGUUUUACAGCCAAUAGACAGUGUGACCUUGGCCAUUCUGGCUUUUGCAGGAGCAGAGACCUUCCCCAGACCUAGAGUUUCCAAAAGUCAUCUUGCUAGACCAUGGCAACUAUGAAGCUCUGGUUUCAGGAGAAUCAUGGCUUCAAAAUGUCUAAUUUGUGGGCACAGAAGGAGUCUUUGAAAUAAUGAAACAAAUAAGUCAUGAAUAUAGUUUCCCACCUAGUCCUGUUACAGUGCUUUGCAGUCCAUUCUGUGCACAGCUAAUUCCAGCAUUGCUUCCUAGCACCAAAAAACACGACUGCCCCUCAUUACAGCUCUAGCUAUCUUAAGACAAUCUAUUGACUGCCAAAUAAUAGACAUAUACAUUUAUCAUGAGCAGUUCGUUUUACAGAAAGUAGUUUUGCUAACUGAGUAAUUACUUUCCCACCCUCUGUUAGCAAGCAUUUAUGGUUAUUUAUUUGCUUUUAUCCUGCAGCUCUAGAUUAAUGUACACUUCAUUUGCCAGUAAUAUUUUAAUCUUUUUCUUUAUUUAGCACUUAAGCCGUCCUCUGCUCUCUAAAAAAAAAAAUGGAUUUAUCUUGUAAAUUAAGAUGUUUGUUUCAGGGCUAAGUAGAGGAACAUUCUUCCAUUUGUGGAGUUUACCCUUUAUAAUUGUUCAGGAUGGAAGUGGUCUUUCAUAUUUCCUUCACUCCUACCCUUUCUGAGAGAUCACUCUUGGUUUAUUAACCAAGCCCAGUGGCUAGAUUUUAAUUUUUAAUUAUAUUUGACUUUUUUUUUCUUCAAUAAAAUGACCGGAGAGAACAUUCAAAUGUUUGGCAGGUCUCUGUGUCACCAGGAAUGACAUGUUUCUGUGACUCCUGUCAAAGUGACUUUGCCUCAAUAGUAAGCUUCAUGAGAGGAUCCUGCCAACUGUAAACAGGUUUUACCAACGGACCUGCAUGAGGUUAAAUGACAGCUCAGGUGUUAAUUUGGAUGAUGGUUUCUUCAUGAUGGCAGUUGGGAAAGUAAGGUUCCAAGUCCUCUUUCUGUGGUUCUUAGCCUUUCACUGAGAACAGGAGAGAAAGAAAUAGCACCAAACACUGGGAUUCAGACAAUGGUGUGCUGUGGCUGGGUUGGCGAUGUGUUGGUCAUGGAAAGGUUUUUAGAUAAAGGAAUGUUAUAAAAAUAAUACAAAGCAUAGGCUUCCAAAUGAGAAACAGUCUACAUAGUGACAGAUUUGGAUGCACACGUGGCCAGUGUGGAGAGUACUGAAGCAACAUUCAUCUUAAUCUCUCACCAGAGACACAAUCCCUGAACACACAGCCUUGUUCCUCUCUGUCUCAGUGUUCCUGCCCCAAUACUGUCCCAUUGACCCCUGGGUUGGCAAUUUGCAGAGGAACUUACAGGUCCUGGCCCAGUAUGUUUGUUUACUCCUUUAAAACAAACAUCCUACUAUCAAAAGUUAUGGCACCCAUAAACAAUGUACAAAGCAAUUGUAUUUUCUUUGAAAAGUUUUGAAAAAUCUUUGGAGACACUCGGGUCAUCUAUAUCUAGACAUUUGUCCAAAUCAUUGCAUUUAAUUUGUUAGUAGAGCUUUCUGUGCUUGUCUUUCUGUAUUUACUUAUAGUAAAUGCAGAUGCAUAUGUGCAGACACAGCUAUAUUUGUGCAUAUGUCUCUGCUGAUGUACAAUGUCCACUGUAAAGCACCUCAGGCCCAGGCAUUGGGAAGUGUGUGAUUCAGUAGAGUUCAGGGAAUGGAGACAGUUGCUUAGAUAGCACCCAGAAGGCUGCAACUGAUUAGAGGAGGUAUCUGUAGUUGGUGUGGCAAGUGGACGGACUUGGAGACAUGGUUUAGGUCAAGUUAGUUAUUUACUUUUAUGCAAAUUGGCAAUAACUAGUCAAUGGCUAGAUGGUACUUGUUCUCCUUCCUUCCUACUUGAGACGGGAUCUCGUGUAGCUAGAUCUCACUUUUACAAGAGCUCAUUUUAAUUCCGUUUUUGGGAACACCCAAUCUAAAAAUGCAUUGACAACUCCCAAAUGUUUUCACCACACUAAGGAAAACAAGGAGAUCAAGGAAAAGGAACCCAAAUUUUUCAAUACAAAAUGCAUUGCUAGAGAAUGUGGGGACAUUUCUGACAGGCAAGCUUUGCUAAUAGCUGGUAAUCACCAUCUCGCCUUGUGUCUCCAAAUGUAUGGAAGAUGUCCGGGUUUCCCCUAAGACAUCUGAGAUUGUAAGAGCAUAACACUGGCAUGAUUUCAGCCUGCCUUUCAGCUGCUUGGGGCUGAUGGAGGACAUGGACCUGUAUCAUCUGGCUUGCAAACACAGUGACUAGCAUCUCCCUAUCGAGGGCCCCAGUUUGGAGGAUUCAUUCAGUGUUUAUUUCUGGAGCUAUGAGUUACGUUAGCACAGUUACUGUUAGUAGUUUACAAGCCAUACUUCCACUUGUACACUUGAUUGUAAGAUAGAUUUAAAUUGUGCACUAUGUUGAUUACUCUAUAUAAACGUGGAAAUUCUGUAUAUUUGGUCUUAUGCUAUAUGUAUUUGAUGUGUAAAUGAUAACUAACAGAUAUGAAAUAGUUUGCUGUGGA